AUGGGAAGUGCUGGCGGUGCGGAAGGCGCGCGUGCGUCGACGAUGCCGCCUGACGCGGCGGAUUUUGCCAAGUGUCUCGCGGAUCCGAAUGCGGAUCUGCGUGUGAAAGCGAAUGUGGUGGCGGAGAUCAAGGAGAUGGUGGAAGUGUAUGUGAAUGUGGACUAUACGAGUUUUCUGAAUGCGGUGCUUCCGGUGCAGAUGGACUUGCUGGAGCGAACGCCAUGUGCGUUCGUGUCUGAUGCACCUGAGCAGCGCCUUCGACACGGCCUCAUUGAAACGAUCUACCGCUACCCACAGCAUGACGCGGCGCGACCGCAUGUCGAGCGCCUGAUGCAAGUCAUGCUCAAGACGGUGCAGGAGGAUAACGAGGAAAAUGCGACGCUCGCAUUCAAGGUGAUUAUCGAUCUGCACAGGUCGUUCAAGACGGUGCUCCAGUCGCAGGUGCAGCCGUUUCUGGAGCUCGUGCAAAAGCUCUACCUGAAUAUGCGCUCGGCGGUGGCCGAGGCGUUUGGGACGGAGCAGACGCCGGGUAAGGCGGUGGGCGCGCCGAGCGAGGGCGACGCGCUCCUUGCGCUCUCGGAGCAGAGCGAGGGCUCGUCGCCGCGCACGCUGCUCAAGAGCAGCCAGAGCUUCAAGGUGCUGACGGAGUGCCCCAUUGCGAUUGUGCUGAUCUUCCAGACGUACCGCCAUGUUGUGAAUGCGUCGAUCAACGUGUUUGUUCCGCUGAUUUUCGAGCAUUGUCUUACGCUCCAGGCACUGCCGCAGCGGCAGGCGCACGAAGCGGCACGGCAGCGGGGGCAGAUCUUUGUGGGCAUAGCGCCGGGGAUCAAGAACCGGGCGCUGUUCGGCGAGAUGGUCACGACGCAGGUCAAGACGAUGUCGUUUCUAGCGUAUGUGCUACGUGGCUCAGCGCCGAUCGUGCGGCAGUAUGCGCACCUGCUGCCCGAGGUGAAUGUGCGUCUCCUCAAGGACUGCCCGCCGGAAAAUGCGGUGACGCGCAAGGAGCUGCUGGUGGCGACGCGGCACAUUUUGUCCACGGACUUUCGUGAGCACUUUGUCGGGCAGAUCGACACGCUGCUGGAUGAGCGUGUCCUGCUGGGCACGGGCAUCACGACGCGGGAGCUGCAGCGGCCGCUGGUCGUGAGUAUGCUGGCUGAUUUGAUGCAUCAUGUGCGGCAGGAGCUCACGACGGAGCAGAUUACGCGUGUGAUCAAUUUGCAUGCGCAGCUGCUGCAUGACCCGACGCUGGCGCCGAGUAUCCAGACGAUGUGUGUCAAGCUGCUAUUGAAUCUGGUCGAGACGAUUAUUGUGAAGCAUGCGGAUCGCUCUGUGGCGAUGCUGCAGGGCAUCUUUACGACGUUUCUGGACAAGCUGCCGGAGCUUCACCAGCUUGGCCAGGACCUGCGGCAGAUGCGGGGUCACGGCGAGGACGAGGAGCCGCUCAACGACCCGGCGACGGAGCAUGCCGUGCAGAUUGAGCAGGCCAAGCUGAUCCAGUCGUCGCUGGCGGUGCUGGAGCAUGUGGCUGAUCCGAUGAAGAAUGCGCGCUUCUUGUUCCGCAACCUGCUCUUUGGCUUCAAGACGCUCAUGACUGUGUUCAAGCACCGCGGCAUUCCUGAGCCGGAUGGCGAGGUGAUGGGCCGCCUGUUUGUUGGUGGCAUCCAGUGCUGCAUGCUUCAGACGCAGCGCGAUGGGCGUGAGGAGAAGGACAUGAUUGACUUGUUCACGAGCAUCAUCAUUGACCUGCCGCCCGAGACGUUCCACGAGGUGUUUACGGCGCACCUGCCGUUCCUGUUUGAGCAGAUCCUGAGGGCGCCGGCGCUGCUGGGCAUACCGCAGAACUUGCUGUCGAACGAUGCGGUCUCGCGUCGCUUUGUGGAGAUCCUGCUCAAGUUUCUGGUGGCGCGCCUGGAGGACUUGGGCACGCCGGACAAGAAGCUGGCGUCUGUGAGUUUGCGGCUGUUCAAGAUGGCGUUCAUGGCCGUGACCAUCUUCCCGGAGGAGAAUGAGGCGGUGCUGGAGCCGCAUCUGACGCACCUGAUCAUGCACUCGCUGAAGUGUGCGUCGCGGGCCGAGGAGCCGACGAACUACUUUUUGCUGCUGCGUGCGCUGUUCCGCAGCAUCGGUGGCGGGCGCUUUGAGCUGCUGUACAAGGAUGUGUUGCCGCUGCUGCCUGUGCUGCUGGAGAAGCUCAACUUGCUGCUGGACGCGGCCGAGCCGGGCGAGCAGGACCUGUUUGUCGAUCUGUGUCUGACGGUGCCUGUGCGGCUGAGUGUGCUGCUGCCGUACCUGGGGCAGCUGAUGCGGCCGCUGGUGCUGGCGCUGCGCUCGUCGAGUGAGCUUGUGAGCCAGGGUCUGCGCACGCUGGAGCUGUGUAUCGACAAUCUGACGCAGGAGUUUCUGGAUCCGAUCAUGGAGCCGUACAUCCAGGACAUUAUGGCGGCGCUGUGGACGCAUCUGAAGCCGCUGCCGUACAGCCACCACCAGCACUCGCACACGACGAUGCGGAUUCUCGGCAAGCUGGGCGGGCGGAACCGGCGCUUUCUGCAGCAGCCGCCGGUGCUGGCGUACCAGAGUGGUGCGCGACCGACGCUGCCUCUGGUGCUGCAUGGCACGGUCGACCGCGUGUCGCUGCUGCCUGCGAUUGACAUGGCGCUGCUGCGGGUGCAGGAUCCUGACGCGGCGCAUCACCGCGCGGCGUACGACAUUCUCACGGCGAGUGCGGCGAUGCUGGUGCAUGAGGCGAGUGACCACGAGCAGCGGGCCGAGCUGCGGCGCGUCACACUCGGCCUGUUCCGUGCGGCGUCGCACGACGACAUCGACGGCGUGCGUGACUUUGUGCAGGGCCUGUAUGCGCACUGCCUGCACAUGGAGAUCACGCGCGAGGUGCCGGGCCCGAGUGGCGUGUCGCAGCGGCAUCUGCUGCCGCUGACGCUCGUGAUGCUGGAAGCGCUGGCGCAUGCGAUUGAUGGGUCGGGCAUGCGCGACGACACGGCGCAGGUGAGCCUUCUGCUAUCGAUUGUGCAUGCGUUCCUGGCGGCGUGUGAGACUGUGCCGUCGACGCGCGCGCGUCUGGGGCACACGGUGAUGCAUGCGCUGGCGUCGUCGUUCUGCUCGCGGUGCUAUGAGCCGCACUGGCACCGCCGGCUGGGUGGCUGGCUCGGCAUGGAUGUGCUGGUGCGCCGCGCGUCGCUCGGCAAGGCGUGGGUCGCCGAUCACCAGCUGGAGAUGGUGCGUGCGCUGCUGUACAUGCUGAAGGACAUGCCGAGUGAUCCGCCACGUGGGGUCGACAGGAUCCGCGCGACGCUGUACGAGGUGCUGGAGCAGGCGUACACGGGCCGUGCGCCGGCGCACGACGAGAGCACGAGUCGCGCGGCGCGUGUGUAUGCGGAGGCGUCGCCGCAUCUGCGGUGGCUCGUUGGCAUCCUGAUUCCCGAGCUGUCGUGUGCGAAUGACAUGGCGCGAGAGGCGACGCAGGCGUCGCUGGAGCGGCUCGCGCGGCUCACGGAGUGCACGGUGACGGACCUGCUGGAGCCGCAGCGGGACCGGCUGCUGCUGCCGAUCUUUACGAAGCCGCUGCGUGCGUUGCCGUUUGGCAUGCAGAUUGGGCACAUUGAUGCGGUGCGGUACACGCUGCAGCUGCCGCGGCCGCUGCCGGCGUUCAACGAGGAGCUCUUCCGUGUGCUGACCGAGGCGCUGGCGCUCGCGGACGCCGAUGACCAGGCGCUCGUGGGGCGCGUGACGCUGUACAAGAACAUGCUGGCGGUGACGAAGCUGCGGGUGGUGGCGAUCCAGCUGCUGGCGGCGGCGAUGCAGUGUGCUGAGUUCCAGACGCAGGAGCAUGUGGCGAUGCGCAUGCGCAUCAUCUCCGUGUACUUCAAGUGCCUGUACUCGUCGUCGGAGGAGGUCGUGGCGGUCGCGUACGACUCGCUGAAAGCGACGCUGGCGCAGCAGAGCAAGCUGCCGAAGGACCUGCUGCGCAGUGGGCUGCAGCCGAUUCUGAUGACGCUCGCGGACCGCCAUCGGCUCACGAGUGCGGGUCUCGAUGGCCUCGCGCAUUUGCUGCAGCUGCUGACGAACUACUUCAAGGUCGAGAUCGGCAUCAAGUUGCUGGAUCACCUGUCGGCGCUCGCUGAGCCUGCGAUGCUGCGUCGCGCGGCCGCGGGGCCGCUCGACACGCACGAAAAGCUGCGUAUUCUGACGGCGAUCGUGCGCGUGUUCCAUCUGCUGCCCGACACCGCCUACCAGUUCCUGCCGCGCCUGCUCGUGUACGUCGCUGAGAUCGAGUCGCAUCUGCGCCGCAGCGGCCCGACGCCGCUCACGGACAUGCUCACGCUGUUUCUCGACCACUUUAGCGAGCACACGGUGCGCUACUACUUUGAGAGCGACGGCCACGUACGCUUCACGGACGUGCUCCAGAACCCGCGCCUGUUCCGCCUGCUGCGUCUGGCGCUGCAGUCGCCGCGCGGUGCAUCGCUGCGCCGCGAGCUGAGUCGCCGCGCCGAGACCCUGCUCCUGCCGCUGCUCUCGGACGCCUCCAACACCCAGAGCGUGUACGCAGCGCUGCAGCUCAUCGAGGCCCUCGUCCAGCACGAGCCUGCGUGGCUCGCGCAGCACCGCGGCGUGCUCCACUGCCUCGUGGCGCUGUGGUCGACGCCCGCGAUGCAGGCGCUGCGGCGCACCGAGGCCGACGUGCUCGCGACGCAGCACCGCCUCACACCGCUCUUCGUGGCGCUCCUGCAUGCGGCGCUGCGCGUCGAGCCACUCGUCGAGGCGUACAUGGCGCUCCUGGACCUCUACCCCUUAUCACCAUCACGUGACGCCACACACCAUACGCGCUUUGUGUACGAGCAGGCGUGUGUGCGGGCCGACGUGGCGACGAAGCGGGCGCUCGUGCAGCAGUGUAUCCAGCUGGUGGCUGAUCCGGGCGUGCCGACGGUGCAAAAGACGUAUGCGCUGCGUGUGAUGGUGAAUCCGAUGCUGGUGAUGGAGGCGUCGACGGAGCGGGUCAUGACGCCCGAGCUUGUGCAGGCGCUGGCCGUGCAGGUGUGGCGGCAGGUGCAGCAUGGCGCGGGCGUGUAUGGUGACGAUGAGCUGCGUGUGGAGCUCUUGCAGAUGAGCACGCUCGUCCUGGAGCACAGUGCGGAUCUGCUCGCGGCGGAAAGCACGACCAAGAUGGAUGCGAUCAAGUUUGGGUGGUCGUUCUUGCCGCUGGAAGACGUGACGGUGAAGCAUGCUGCGUACCUGUUGAUUUCGCGCUUCCUGCAGCGGUUCGAGAGCCCGCUCAAGAUCACGGGCCAGGUGUACGUCGGCCUGCUGCGCCUGCCGCCGAACGACGGCCGCGGCUUGGUGCGCCGGGCGCUCGACAUCCUCGUGCCUGCGCUGCCGGAGCGUGUGCCGAGCACGGACAGCACGUCGCCGCCGCUGUGGGUCAAGUGGACGAAGCGCACGCUGCUCGACGAGGGGCACUAUGCCCUGCAGCUGUGCACGAUUCUGCAGCUCAUCGUGCGCUACGCCGACCUGUUCUAUCCGAGCCGCGACCUGUUUGUGCCGCACAUGGUCACGUCGCUCGCGAAGCUCGGCUUCGCGAGUGGCUCGACGGCCGAGACCAAGAAGCUCGCGAUCCAGAUGGUCGACUUGCUCCUCCAGUGGGACACGCCGCCCCGCGACGGCGAAUCGCCGCGCAAACGCCCCAAGACAGAGUCCUACACGAUGCCUGCGCACCUGCGCGACAUGACGCUGCGGUUCAUCGCUCGCUUCGUUUCUCUGUCACUCGAGCCCAUCGCGACGAACGAGGUGACGAAGCACGCAUUCGAGCUCCUCGAGAAAAUGCACACGCUGCCCGCCUGGCAGGACGUCCAAGUGCGCCUCGCGCUGCUGCAGCGCGCGCUCAUUCACACCGACGUGACCGAGCAGCACCACGGGCCGAUCGCCAAUGCACUCGCGACGCUGGAUGUCGUCACGCGCGGCCGAGACGAGGCUUGGCUGCAGGCGCACGCGGCGCAACUCCACAAGCUCCUGGAGAAGACGCUCGCGAGCGAUCAGACGGAGCUGCUGGACGCCGCGCGGCCCGUCCUGAUGCGGCUGUGCUCGAUUCUGCCGCCGACGGAGGACGAGUCGGCACAGAACGAGGACGUCCGGGCUUUCAGCACGGCGGCUGAGACGGCCAUCUCGGAGGGCCUCAAGAACGGCACGGGCCUCGCGACUGCGCUGGCUCUGCUCGACGCCUGGUCCCACACGCAUCCAGGCGUGAUCGACCGGCACCAGCUGCCGCUGAUCAAGACGCUGACACGUCUCGCGAAGGAGCACCUCAGUGGCCAUGGCGGCGACGCGGCGCUGACGCACCUGCUUCGUGUCCUGACGCUGCUCCGGUCGCGCAUUUCGCACCUCGGUGACCAGCGGCGCUGGUUCCUGAGCGCUGUCGUGCAGCUCGUGGAGAAGUCGCCGAGUGACAAGGUGUGCGCGUUCCUGCUCGAGAUGAUGCGCACGUGGAUCCUCGAGUCUCGCGAGGCGUUCCCGACCGUCAAGGAAAAGGCCGGCAUCCUCGUCAAGAUGCUGUGCUUCGAGGACCGCGAGGCGUCGUUGGCCGCCGCGUUUCUAGCUCUGAUUCUCGCGAUCUACAAGGAUCCUGCGCUCGCCCGCACCGAGCUCACCGCGCGUCUCGAGCCGGCUUUCCUGAUGGGCUGUCGCUGUGCGGACGUCGCCGUGCGACGCGAGUUCCUCGCGCUCUUUGACGCGUCCCUGACGCGGUCCGUCCCAGCGCGCGUCCUCUACCUGCUGGGCCACCAAAACUGGUCGUGGAUGGCCGAGCACUACUGGCUGCACCAGGUGCUGGAUCUCGUCCUGGCGGCCGUCGAUACGACGCCGCCGCUCAUCGGCGCGGCGUACGAAGGCGACCAUGCCUUUGCGCAGAUGAUGCGACACGGCACGGCUGCGUCGUUUGUGUCGGCGGUGCGCACAUUGCAGUAUGCCGACGCGCACGCUGCCGACGCGCUGUGGCAGGCGCUCUUCCCGGCCAUAUGGCGCACGACGCCCAAGCGGCUGCAGCUCGACCUGAAUCAUGCGCUGAUCGCAUGCACGACGCAUGAGCACCUGCUCAAGCAGGCAGCCGCGCGGCCCAAUGUCGUGCAGUCGCUCCUGAGUGGUGCGCUGGCGUGUGUCCCGGCCCUGGAAAUGCCGCCCCACGUGCUCAAGUACCUCGGCAAGACGUUCCAGGCGUGGUACAUUUCGAUGGAGCAGCUGCAGGAGCAGCUGUACGCGCUGCGUGCCGACGAUGCGGUGCGUGAGUCGACGCAGGACGCCCUCGCUGAGGCGUAUGCGGAGCUGAGCGAGGCGGACUACUUCUACGGACUGUGGCGCCGGCGGUGCAUGUUCCCCGAGACGAACUCGGCGCUCGCGUACGAACAGAGUGGGCGCUUUGCCGAGGCGCAAUUGCUGUACGAGGCUGCGCAGGUCAAGGGACGCUCGUCGGGCCUGCCUCUGACGGAGGCCGAGUACCAGCUGUGGGACGACCACUGGGUCCUCUCGGCUCUCGAGCUGCAGCAGUGGGACCUGAUGGCAGAUCUCGCGCGCCUCGAGCACAACGACGACCUGGCCCUCGAGUGCGCCUGGCGCCUCUCGGACUGGACGGCGGAGCGCGAGUCGCUCGAGCGUUCGCUCGAAGGCCUGCAGGUCAUGAGCACACCGCGCCGCAAGGUGUUUGAGGCGUACCUCGCCCUGCUCAAGUCGCAGGCAGCACCCGACAAGCCGUCCGAUUUCGGACGCAUCUGUGACGAGGCGAUCCAGCUCACUCUGUACAAGUGGUACACACUCCCGGCGCACGUGUCCCAAGCGCACGUCCCGCUCCUGCAGAUCUUCCAGCAGUUCGUCGAGCUGCAGGAAGUCAGUACGGUGUUUGCGUCGCUUGCACACACGAAUGCGACGAACCUGAAUCACCGCUCCAUCGAGCUCAAGACGCUCAUGCAGACGUGGCGCGAGCGGCUGCCGAACUUGUGGGACGACAUCAAUGCGUGGAGUGACCUCGUGGCGUGGCGACAGCAUGUGUUUUCCAGCGUGAACAAGGCGUACCUGCCGCUCGUCCCGCUGAUCCAGCGGAACGAAGGCCCCGGCUCGUCGACGAAUUCGUACGCGUACCGCGGCUACCACGAGACGGCAUGGAUCAUCAACCGCUUCGCGCACGUCGCUCGGAAGCACGGCCUCGGCGACGUGUGUAUCAGUUCGCUUACCAAGAUCUAUACGCUGCCCAACAUCGAGAUCCAGGAAGCGUUCCUCAAACUGCGGGAACAGGCACGGUGCCACUACCACAAACCGCAUGAACUGUCGCAGGGCCUGAAUGUGAUCAACAACACCAACCUCAUGUUCUUUGCCGCUGCGCAAAAGGCCGAGUUCUUCUCGCUCAAGGGCAUGUUCCUCAACAAGCUCGGCAUGAGCGAAGAGGCGAACCAGGCCUUUGCCACAGCCAUCCAAAUGGACCUGAACCUGCCAAAGUCGUGGACCGAGUGGGGCAGAUACAACGAUGGGCUCUUCCGCGAGAAACCCACGUCCAUGCACCUCGCGGCGAACGCCAUCAGCUGCUACCUACAGGCCGCAGGUCUGUACAAGAAUGCCAAGGCACGCAAGAUUCUGGUGCGCGUCCUGUGGCUGCUCAACUGCGACGACGCUCAGGGCACGCUCUGGCAAGCCUGCGACAACUACAGCGGCGAGACGCCCAUCUGGUACUGGAUCACCUUUAUUCCCCAGCUGAUCCAGCUCCUCUCGCACAGGCAGUCCAAGUUCGCCCGCAAGCUGCUCAUGCAAAUCGCCAAGUCGUUCCCGCAGUCGCUGUACUACUAUCUGCGUACAAGCAAGGAAGACUUUGCGCUUAUGAAGCGCAAUAGUAUCACAGCCUCGCAGCGUGCCGCUCGCGCACAAAACAAGGAUGCACCCGCGGACGCUCCCAAGAACGACGAGGCGGACAAGGACCCGGCCAACACUCACCGAUUCCCAGCGGACCAUGUGGAGGAAAUUCUCAACAUUCUCAAGACGGCCUUCCCUCUGCUGGCCCUGACCAUGGAGAAUAUGGCGGAGCAGCUUCAGCAGCGAUUCAAGCCAAGCAACGACGAGGACAUUUACCGUCUCACAAAUGCUCUGUUGAAUGAUGCGCUGCAGCAGUACAUCCACCGUGCGCCGCUCACGACAGACAAUGGCCAGCUGCCACAGACGUCCCAGAUGAACGUGACGCUCUUCGCAGAAAAUCUGCCUCCUGGCCCACUCAAGUCGGCGUUUGAGAGCGAUUUCGUGACUAGCAAACCGAAUCUUCACGAGUACGUCGCUCGUCUGCGUCGCUGGCGUGACCGAUACGAGGAGUCUCUCGACAAGCGCCCGCGACUCCAGCAUCUCGAGCACUGUUCCCACUACCUCGUGGAAUUCCAGCAUCAGAAAUUCGAUGAAGUGGAGAUUCCUGGUCAGUACCUUCGCCUCGAGGACAACAACUCAAACUUUGUGCGGAUCAACCGAUUCCUACCCGAAUAUGGCCUGCUACGCUCCAAUGGCAUGUGCAACCGACGCAUUACGAUUCUGAGUAACAAGGGGUCUUUGCACUCAUUCGCCGUGCAACUGCCGUCGGCUCGAUACUGUCGCCGUGAGGAGCGCAUCUUCCAGCUGCUUCGCCUCCUGAACACGGUGCUCGAGCGCAAGAUCCAGACGCGCAAGCGUGGCCUCACCUUCAAUGUGCCUACGGCCGUGCCCAUUUCGCCUCAACUCCGGUUGCUUACGUAUGAUGAAUCGUUUAUCAGCAUGCAAGACAUUUACGAGCGUCACUGUAAACAAGUGGGUAUCGGCAAGGAUGACCCAAUCAUCGCCUGGGUCGAGAAGAUGCGCAGCACCUGGGAUGGCGGCUCGUACCGUCGAACCAACGUCGACUUUGCCAACCUGCGCAUGGAAUUGCUGGAAGAAAUCAGUGUCAAGAUGAUCUCCGAUAAAAUCCUCACGCAGUUCAUGACCAUGUCAAUGUCAUCGCCAUCGGACCUCUGGAUUAUGCGCAAGCAAUUCACUUUGCAAAUGGCAGCGACCAUGUUCCUUACGUAUAUUCUCUUCAUCAGCGCUCGCUACCCAGGUCGCAUCCACAUUUCGCGCUCAAACGGUGUGGUGAUUAUGUCUGAUAUGGUCCCUACUUUUAGUCCGCAGGCUCCUCACUUCAAGUCCCCUGAUCCAACGCCAUUCCGACUAAGUCCAAAUAUCCAGCACUUUAUCGGACCUAUCGGUAUUGAAGGUCUAUUGGCCAGCUCGUUCAUGGCUCUCGGUACAGCCUUGACCUCGUCUGAACACGGGCUAGAGGACUACCUGAGUAUAUUUGUUCAUGAUGAGGUCCGGUUCUGGUUCAGUGGCAUGCAACACCAGUCUAAGCAUCUCGAGCCUACCAUCGACCUUGUCAGACAAAAUGUAUUUGAAGUUGUCAAGCGCGCUCGUCUUAUGUCCUGUCGUUUUGGACAGGAUAAGGCCUCGAUUACCCCAGUAAACCAGGCCGUCCUCGAUUUAAUCAACUAUGCUAGCCACCCUAGCAAAUUGGCCCUACAGGAUCCCACGUGGAUGCCGUGGUUGUAG